AUGGGGAGCCUUCAAGGUGAACAUAAUACAAGGACAAGACAGAGAUUUGCUUCCAUUGAAGCGGAAAUACAUGCACAGAGAAUAUUGAUAGAGACAGAGUUUGAACGUCAAAGGCAACAAAAUGUUUACUUGAGAUCCAACCUCAUGCAGUUGCUUGCAUCGAUUGCCGACAAUGCACAGUUGUUUGAAAUCCGUGAGCAGGAGGCUGACAAGAGUCCUACAGACAACACUAGUUCACUACCCACCCAACAGCAGCAUGUAGAAUAUGAGGUUGGAAGUUCCGAAACUGUGGUUGUCCUUGGAACGUUAGAAGCCGACAAAUUUUCAACACCAGCAACAGAUCUGAUUGAUCGUCCAUUGCAAAAAGACACCCCAAACAGUCCCCCAUCCUCCAAAACAAGCAUCAUAGAAACCAAAGGACACUUGGUCAGGGGGAAGAAUAACAAACCAACCGUUCGUCCAUUAUGUGAUGCGGUGAGACAGUUUCUUCGUUCAAGAGUGUUACCCGUAGCCACUGUGGAUGACUUCAGAGCCGUGGGGCGACUGACGGGUGUUAGUUGUGAUGAGCUGAACCCAGACUCCGAGGACGAUGCUGUUGGUCUGGUGGAGCGCAUGUUGAGAAGGGAAAUGGGUGGUCACACCGAUCAAUUACUGAAUGAUCCUUCUACAAGAAACAUCAGACCCAGGGGCCACUCGCCGCUUCUUCAGGGACUACUCUAUAGCUUGGCUUGCAUAACUAAAGGUGGUGUAUGCAAAUUUGGGCUUCUGAAGGUACCACCAAGGAUUGUUUUCAUAACUGAUGGCCAAGCAUCCAGUGAAAAUCAUCAACAUUCUGCCGACAAUCGUCAUGUCAGUGAAAAGGAGAAGACACGGCUCCUGUCCGUUGCAAGUGUUUUGAGCAGUGAUCGCAGUAAACAGGACAUUGCUGGUCCUCUCGUGUGGGUGCCUGUUGGAGAUGCAAACAAUGACUUUCUUAGACAAAUGGCAUCCGUCAGUGAUGGCACAUAUACUUCACCAAAUGAUCUCACAACACUCUGCAAUUACCAGAAGAUAAAGAGGGUUAGUGCCAACGUCUUGAACUACAUGAAAUCUCACGCCGACAAUCCCCGAAUGAUCGACACCGUCAUCGACGCUUUUGGUUUGGAUCUGCGAUAUGAUGAUAAGGUUCAAGUGGCCACAUUUGUCCAUAGUAUUCUGUACAAGGAUGUAUUUAAUAUGAAGUCGUUGGACAGAUUUGACAACAUCCACAUAAAUGAAAACUUGCCCCCACUAGGGUCUAGGGUUGUGAGAGGGCCGGACUGGAUGUGGGACAACCAAGAUUCCGGACUCCCGGGAACCGUCUACAACCACGGACAAGAAGGAGAGUCCGUGUGGGUGUUGUGGGACAAUGGCUUCAGGAAUGUGUAUCGCUGUGGGGCAGCGACAGGGUAUGAUAUACUGCCAACAGAUCAGCCUCGACAGCUACUCCCGGGUCGGCUGAUAGAUGUCGGUGUGCAGGUUGAGAGAGGUCCUGACUGGUCUCAUAAAAAUCAAGAUGGUGGACCAGGGAGUUGCGGCGUGGUCAUCAGAGUCAGAGGUUUGCGUGUGAAGGUGCUGUGGGGCAGUGGGGAGAUACACGAGUACAGGUUCGGUGAAGAAAACAAGUUUGAGGUAUCAGUUCGGAAUCUGAUGAAUGAGAAGGAGCGAAAACUCCCAGCACCAACUGCAGUGAAGGUUACAAACACCAACCAACGUACAGGUACCGCGGACGAGGGACAGAGCCAGGAGGAGAGUCAGUAUGUGUGGCAGCGCCAGGACAGAACGCAUGGGUGGCAGAAUUACUCCAAGGAGGAAGAUGCGAAGAUGAAAAAGGAAUACAGGAGAAAAAGAACAGGGACAUGCUUGUUACACAGAAAUGGACAAUGUUUCAGAAUCUUCUUUAAAAACGAGUUUGAGAGAAGCGUCACGGAUGACAACCUUGUGAGAAUACGCAGGAGGUUUCAUGAUUAAUGACGUUUAAGCUGCCGUGGGCGCUGGCCAUGAGAAGAAAGUAGUAUCUACUGCUACAUGUCUGUGAUGAAACGUUUCAACCUCACUUGAAAGCGGCAAGCACGAUGGCUGCUAAAGUAAAGCCAAGAAAGACUUUACUCUUGUCACUCAUGUUACUAAGUUGAUACUUUAUUUCACUUAAAUGCCCUGUGGGUGAGUGAGUGAGUGAGUGGGUGAGUGAGUGAGUAAAUGAGUGAGUGAGUGAGUGAGUGAGUGAGUGAUUGAUUGAUUGAGUGAGUGAGUGAGUGAGUGAGUGAGU